UCCUCGGCCUCCUGCGUGGGCCGCAGCCAUGCCCACCCUGUACAGGAACUCUCUGGGCAGGAAUGUGCCAGGGAACAGAGACCAGGAGGAGGAGGAGGAUUAUGAGAACAUGGCGCCACCCUACAAGGACCUUCCUCCUAAGCCGGCUUCGAUGGGUCCACCACGACCUCCAAGGGCAGGAAAGAAAACGGAGAAGCCCCCAAUUCCUUGCAAACCCCCAAAGAUCACAGGCGUCGAUCCGGAGCGCCCUCCGUUCCGGCUGUCCCUAGGCACCACUCCAAUGCCCUGGCUCGGUCAGAAGCCCGGGGCCCUUGGCUGCCACCAGGAGGAGAGGCUGAAGGUGUACCUGUGUCUGCUGGUGGUGGUGUCACUGCUCCUGGGCUGCACCGGUCUGGCCGUGACCCUGAUCAAGUACCAGGAGGUGGUGGAGGAGCUGAGGGUGCUCACCUUUCAGCAGAUGGCGUGGCGAGUGAAUGUGACUGGCCUGGCGGGGCUGGCUGGCCUGAAGAGGGACAUUGACCGCAUACGAGCCGACACCAACCAGUCCCUGGUGGAGCUUCGGGGCUUAUUAGACUGUCCCAGGGUCACCUGCCCUGAGGGCUGGCUCCCCUUUGAGGGCAAGUGCUACUACUUCUCUCCGAGCACCAAAGCGUGGGAGGAAGCCCGGAAGUUCUGCCAGGAGAAUUACUCCCACUUGCUCAUCAUCAGCAACUCUGCUGAGCAGAACUUUGUGACCAAGGCUCACGGCUCUCCUCGGGUGUAUUGGCUGGGGCUGAGUGACAGGGACCGCGAAGGGGACUGGAGGUGGCUGGAUGGGUCGCCUGUCACUUUGAGCUUCUGGGGCCCGGAGGAGCCCAACAACCUCCACGACGAGGACUGCGCCAGCAUGAACCAAGGGGGCACCUGGAAUGACCUCUCUUGCGACAUAACUACGUACUGGAUUUGUGAGCGGAAAUGUUCCUGUUGAACCCCAGGGCUGAGGGUCCACACCUGAGUGCCCCUCGGCUCUUGGAGACGAGAACCACCUGCCCUCUGUGACACAUCAUAGACGCACCCUGGAUGUCGUGGGUCCCCUGGGUGCAAGUGAGCCCAUUUCUAGGGCGAGGGCUCGCAGGCCUGCUCAGCUGGAUGGUGUCUCAGUCAGUUUGGGCUGCUAGAACAGAACACCAAGAGUGCUGGCUGCUCAAUGACACAUUUAUUGCUGGAAGUUCUGGAAGU